CUCAGCCUCAAGUUUCAACUCAGCCGUUUUCACUUCCCUCCAGACGCACAGCGCGUACUAUUCGUCAAGCAGUGCUUAAUGCUUGUCGCGAUUGGCGAAGUGGGAUGGAAAUUCAACGAGACGCCGCUUUAUCCAGGACUCCAACGGCAGUCAGACCGUCAGCCAGCCCGGCAGUGACUCAGCGGCGACAGCGCGUCCAUCGCCCCCCUCGUCGGUCAUUAGAAAAAGCCGACGGACAUUUUGGCGACACGCCGUUCACCAGUUCGCAACGCCUUUGGCCAAUUGUGUGUUGCUCGGGGCCGGCACGAGGCAUGCAAACUUCAAUCUCAAAAUUGUAGAUAUAUAAUUCACCGUGUCGGGAGGGACCAUGAUCUUCUGGCAACUAUCCUCCACAUACCAGUGCCAAACUUACAUCGACGUCCGUUAUCAACAACCACCACCGGCCAUCAGAGAUGAGCACCCGUCAGCAGAUGGAAACGGAAACCGCGGCUGAUCGUGCAGAACGACCGCCUUCGAAUUCAACAUCUGGUCGAAAUGACAUCGCCAGCCCCCAAUCCACUGCACCAGCACCCCAGGAAAAACUGACCGCGCCGGCACCGGCACAAUCCAAGGCCAGGGUCGUCCUCCUCAUCGCGUCUGUCUUUGUGAGCGUGUUCCUCAUCGCGCUGGAUAGGACAAUCAUAUCCACGGCUAUACCCGCCAUCACAGACCAAUUCCACUCACUACCAGACGUCGGAUGGUACAACAGCGCGUACACGUUGACCUCGGUGGCGCUGCAGUUGCUCGUCGGAAAGAUCUACAUGUUCUAUCCCAUCAGAACCGUCUUGCUCUGCAGCGUGCUUCUCUUCGAGAUUGGCUCGGUCGUCUGCGGUGCGGCGCCCACAUCAGACGUCUUCAUUGCUGGCCGAGCCAUCGCGGGUAUGGGAUCCGCCGGCAUCAUGGUGGGAUGUAUCAUGGUCAUAGUAGCUGUUGUACCCCUGGAGAAACGUCCAAAGAUACAGGGCUUCUUUGGUGCACUGUUUGGGAUCGCCUCCAUCAUCGGGCCCCUUGUCGGCGGCGCCUUCACCACGCAUGUCACUUGGAGAUGGUGCUUCUACAUCAAUCUCCCCUUUGGCGCCAUCGCCUUGGUCGUCAUCGCCACCUGCCUCAAAGUCCCCGACCGCGACACGAUCAAUACACCUCUUCUGGAGAAACUAAAGCAACUUGAUGGAGUUGGCACGCUUGCGCUGACAGGGUCCAUGGCAUGUCUUGUGCUGGCGCUGCAGUGGGGCGGACAAACUUAUGCUUGGAGCAGCGGUCGUAUCAUUGCUUUGUUCAUGCUCGUGGGCGUCUUUGCCAGUGCCUUUAUUGCUGCGCAGGUGUUUUUGCCUCGAACCGCCACUAUCCCUGGCAGGGUCAUCAAACAGCGCAGCACGUAUUCUGGGCUGUGUGCCAUUUUCCUCAUCGGAGGCAGCAUGUACAUUCUGACCUACUUCCUGCCCAUCUGGUUCCAGGUCGUCAAGGAUGUGUCUGCCGUGGACUCGGGCAUCCGACUUCUCCCUUUCAUGCUUUCCAUGGUCCUCGCCACGAUGAGCAACGGCUUCUUUGUGCAGCGGAUUGGAUACUACACCCCCACAGCAAUCGUCGGCGCAUGCUUGAUGACGGUUGGCGCCGGUCUCUUGACGACCCUGCAGGUUGACACUGGCGUGGGGAAAUGGAUCGGCUAUCAGAUUCUGGCUGGCUUUGGCCUUGGAAUGUGCUUUCAAGCACCCAACUUAGCCGCCCAGACAACGCUGCCGACAGCAGAUGUACCCAUUGGUACCUCACUGAUGAUGUUCGGUCAACUCAUGGGAGCGACCGUUUUCGUUCCCGUGGGGACCAACGUGCUGAACAACCAGCUCAUCUCGCGCCUGUCCAGUUUGCCAGGGUUUGACUCCAGGUCCGUCACACUCGGUGGCGCAAAUGCGGUAUUCAGCGACAUCCCCGCCGACUAUCGAGCCGAAGCACUCCACAGUUACAAUGAGGCGAUCAGGACGGUUCUGUACAUUGGACUGGGUUUGACCGCUGCGACGAUUAUAGGCAUUGCAGGAUUGGAGAUGAGGAGCGUCAAAAAGAAAGCGAACAAGGGUCUCGAAGCUGGAGAGACAAGUGAAACAAAGAACAAAGAGGGAGAGAAGAAGGUCGACGAAUAACAGAGCUGCGGAUCAAUCGUCGACGAGCAACAUAUAAUGAGGAUCAGGCUACCCUUGACCUUGACUUGAUUAGUUCAUCAACGGGGUUACGGGCUGCCUCUUGUACAAUUAAUGUAACCAAAAUAUUCAAUAAUGCGUAUAGACU